UCUAGUUUUUUUUUUUGUUAAAAAUAAUUAUGACAUAAAAACCAAGAUGAAUUCAAGUCAGACAACCGUUAUAUUAAAUUUUGGACACGAGAAGCAUUGUUUUCUCCGUCUUGUAAAAUCUUUCGAUGGGCAAAAAAAUUCGAGAAAUUCAUUUUCAAGAAACGAUGAAAUCGUGGUAUACCAGGCUGAUUUGUCACCCAAACCCAAUGCCUACUUUAGCGUGUACGGAAAUGACAGUGUACUUACAUCGGGAGAUUAUGUGCAAAUAAAUGGUUGGUAUGGCAACAAGCUGGGCCUAAGAGAUGAAGAACCGCUGCCCUUAAAACAGUUGAGCAAAGUCCUGGCAGCCAAAAUGGUGGAGAUGGUGCCGCUUUCCCCAGAUGAUUGGGAAAUCAUUGAACGGAAUCCUCGAAGAAUAGAAUCCGUCCUGCUGGAUCAAGUCCGAGUUGUCUGGACGUCUCAGAUAUUUCCAAUAUGGAUAGAAAAGAGCGUUUGCAUCUACAUGAAAAUUACAUCCACAGAUCCAGCAUCCGCUUGUGUCCUGUUAGAAAACGACACGCAGAUCAAUGUCUCCUCAAAAACUCGGGUGUUGAGUCCCCCGCAGUCGCUGGCCUUGAAUCAAACCCCCACGACCCAAGGUUUGACACCUUCUAGUCAAGCAGCCUCCCAGGUCAGAUCCCGGGGUGACCUCUUGUCUGCCAGUGACUACGCCAGUAUUGACACACUGGAACCACGCCCAGCGCUAUUGAGCCCAGGCAGAGAGUCUAAGAAAAGCUCCAGGAACGUAAGGAAAAAUGCAACCACCAAUCCACCAGAUAACCCUCUUGCACAGAGGCAGAUUUCUCUAAUGGAUAUGAUCAAAUUUCUCAGCUUCCGCAAGAAAGAGGAGUACGACAACAAGUCUGACUCCGACACUGGGUCAGGCAUCGACUACUCCAUGUCCAACCUCCCCCCACGAAGCAGCAUCCUGCGCGUGCAACCGCUCAAGCGCAGCUGCACAUUGGAGGAAUGCUUCCCCGGCAUGAAGCCUGGGAUCAAAACAGCUAUCAUUUCUGGAAUUAAAUCAACCUCCAGGUCCAACAGCAAAGUCUUCCCGAUAAACGUUGAACCGAAAUCCGACGAGGAGAUGAAAGGUCGAUUCCCGUAUGAGCUAUUCCAGCCGUCAACAAUAUACGUGGACGCUGAGAGCACUAAAAGUGAACGACUUCUGCAUCCGUAUCUCCCGUACCUGCCUCGGUGUUUUAUCGCUAGAAUCCAGAAACUUUACUCACCUAAUGACAAAAUAGAACUGGCGAAAAGCAGACGGACCAGUUCCACAGGGAACAACACAGAAGGGCAGGCCGGGACGACAGAUGGGUCAUCUGGCACUGAUGCCAGCCCAGGGAGCGUUUGUUACGUCAGGGUUGUGGCUAUUGACAGGAAGAUGGGGUUGACCGACGAUGCGUGGCAGGAUGCGGCUGAUAGGGUACUUAGUGAGCAGCCGUUGUUGUAUGGCCAUGCCAUAGUGCCAGACCUGUUGAGACGUCAGCUCAAGCUGGAAGCCACCAGUUCUGUCUGGCUACAGACGGGUCCAGUGGAGAUGGUCACGCCACGCAAGGUCUCCAUCUACCCAGCCAGUACCUCCUUGCCCAGCAAGAUGACAACAGAUCUACUGAAGACAUUUUUUAUCAAGUACAUAAAGCAGUGUGCCACUGAGAAAGUCCCGCUUGUUGUCUUCCAGGGCAUUUUCCUCAAGUACAUGGUCGCAAAUGAUCCCUUGGAAGUUCAGCUGGUGUUUUAUGGAGAGAAUGACCAGUACCACCCCAAUGGAGUGGCCAUGCUGAACGAGGUCAACAUUGACUACGUGCUGCUGACGGUGGAGCGUGAUAUCAAGACCGACAAGGCCAAGGUCAUCAACAGGAUGUUGUCGUACGUCCAGAUAUCUGACAUGGACCCAAAACCUCACUCGGUCAGCUUGAAACAGCUGGGGGGUAAGUCUCACGUCAUCAACAGGAUGUUGUCGUACGUCCAGAUAUCUGACAUGGACCCCAAACCUCACUCGGUCAGCUUGAAACAGCUGGGGGGUGUCAGAAGUAUAGCCGAGAAAGCCCUCACCCACAUGCACACAUGUCUGGGGGUGCGGCCCCUGAGCCAGCAUACUUUCAUGUCCCGCCCCGGCCUCUCCCACGGCAUCCUGCUCAUCACUGGACCCAAGGGCUCGGGGAAGACAACUCUGGUGAAAGCACUGUGUCGCAGGGUCAGUCACCUCCCCAUUAUGGCUCACAUCACCAUGGUAGACUGUAAAUCUUUCAGAGGUGUGUCACUGUCCAGCAUCCAGAAACAGCUGGAACAAUUCUUUGACGAGGCUGCCUGGCGUGAGCCGUCCAUCAUCGUGUUCGACAACCUGGACGCCAUCACACCAGCGCCAUCUGGCCCAGAGAAUGAGAUGAACGCUGAGGCCCUCUAUGCUGCCAGAUUUGCACAAAUCAUGCAGGGCCUAAUCAAGUUUGAGGUGGAGAACAACAGCCGGCUGGCGGUGAUUGCCACCAGCAAGUCCAGCUCCUCCCUGCACCCCACCCUCGUCUCAUCCAGGGGCAUUCACUAUGUGCAACAAACACUCAACAUUCCCUCCCCUGAUAGGAUUGCUAGGAUGGAGAUCCUAGAGGCCAUACUGCACCACCACAACAGCAUCACCAUCGAGACCACUAAAACACUGGACUUUCAGCAACUGGCGGCCAAGAUGGAAGGUUACGUGGCUAGGGAUGUCGAGUCACUAGUUAACAUGGCCAUACACGCUAAGUUGACACGUGAAACAGAAACUGCCAAUUCCAAGCUGACCCUCACCCAGGAAGACUUUGAUGCAGCACUGCUGACCUUCAAGCCAGCAUCCACCAGGAACGUCAAGCUCCACAAACCUGGUGAGCUGGGAUGGGACGAUGUCGGGGGACUGAAAAAUGUCAAGACUGCGCUGGUGGAGACUUUAAAGUGGCCCACUAAAUACCCAGCUCUGUUCAACUCCUGCCCACUGAGGCUGAGGUCUGGAAUCCUGUUGUACGGGGCGCCAGGCACAGGCAAAACUCUGUUGGCUGGGGUGGUGGCUAAGGAGUGUGGUCUGAACUUCAUCAGCAUUAAGGGCCCUGAGCUGUUGAGUAAAUAUAUUGGUGCCAGUGAACAGGCUGUCAGGGACUUAUUCAUCAGAGCCCAAAGUGUGAAGCCAUGCAUACUUUUCUUUGAUGAGUUUGACUCUAUUGCACCCAAACGAGGUCAUGACAGCACUGGCGUCACUGACAGGGUGGUGAAUCAGCUGCUGACACAACUGGAUGGGGUCGAAGGGCUUCAAGGGAUCUAUGUGCUGGGCGCCACAAGUCGGCCAGAUUUAAUUGACCCGGCUCUUUUGAGGCCAGGAAGGUUGGACAAAUCCAUGAGUUGUGACUUGCCAAAUAAGGAUGACCGCUACGAAAUUCUCGUCGCCCUCACCCGAAAAAUGUCUCUGGCUGAUAAUGUGAACUUACAGGAAAUUGCAGAAAUCUCCGAGUUCUUCACCGGCGCCGACCUGAAGGCUCUGCUGUACAACGCGCAACUGAAAUCUAUCCAUGAGCAGACAGAAGCUGCGCGCUGUAUGAAGGACGGUGUCUUCAGAAUUCAAGGAGAUGCCACAAAAUGCAUCGCUUUCAGGCGGCCGUCUCUAGUAGGUUACGAGAAUUUUACGUCUAAGCUUCAUAUUUCUUCUUCAAAAUCUGCUUCCUUGAACACGUCAGUUGAUGAAUCGAUGCCGAGUAAUGAAUCCUCCAAUAAAAACUCACCGAUCUCCCCCAAAUUUCAAAAGUUAGAUUCAGGGGAUAGGUUUAGUAAAACUCUGGCCGGCAAAGUUGUAAAAGGGGAGUCAUUCGCCCAUCCGAACGCGGUUCCAAUUCUAGAUGAGGAGGAAAUUGAAACCCAAGAUCAGCCGGAAACAGUGGGUCAGGUUGAGAAAAAUCUGAAGUAUAUUGAUGACAUUGAAAGUCCAACUGUUGCCUCGGAAUCUUUAUCCGACACCAGUCUAGCGGCUUCGACCUCACAGUCUCAAUCCUUAGAAGCUCCAGCUCCACCAUCCGGUGAUGCUGUUGCCGAUGGCAACAAGAAACCAUUGUCACAGAAUGAGCUGGAUGAUGUUGUUAAGAAACUGACCAACGUGGUGGAAUCACGUAACGCGCCUCAGGAGAUUCACUGGCCGCACAAAGAGAAGGCUCUUGCGGCUCUCGCGGCUCUGCAGCGCCAAACUGAGGCAGCGAAUGCCGAGGCACCAAUGGCUAGAAGUAGGUCAUUUGUGUCAGAGGCGGAGUCCAGGCCUAGUUCAGCUUCCAGGCUAGUGAAGACUUCAUCACUGGAUAUAGAAAACAGGACUGGAAGUCCUGAACAUUCUGGGCAGAAAGGCAAGAGGAAACGACAAGCUCCACAAACUUCCGAUGACCCCUUCCAUUUGUCAGUGAAAUUAGCCCCCGGCUCCCAAAACCUCAAGUCCCCGUCCCAAGAAAAGCCAGUUACAGUUUUUAACCUGGAGCAGGGGCUGGCAACUCUAUCUGCUGAUGAUCAGGCCAAGUAUCUGGCCAUGGUGAAAAAGAUCCAACAGAGAGACGAGUACUUGUUCCAGUCUGCCAACGACAGACGCAGGACCUCACUGCAGAUGGCCUCCAGGCCGGCCGUACUCCUGGAGGUCAACCAGCGCCACCUGCUGGAGGCCAUUGUGGCCAUGAGGCCGUCCGUCUCCCCCCAGGAGAGGCAGAAGUACCUGGACAUCUACGAGAGCUUUGUGUCCUCACGUACAGGCAAGUAUGAGAAACCUAAGCCAGCGCCAGUGGGCAGCCGAGCCACAUUGGCAUAAACAAAGUGAAAGUGGCCAGAUUUUUCUCAAACUCGUGCUCAAAAUGUUUCCUCAAGUCAGUCUACUGUGUUAGUUAUCACCAAAUAAACAAUGUAUUUCGAAUUGUUAUUUUGGCUUAUGCUUUGUUUAAAAUCAAUUUUUAUAAUAGGGGCGUGAAAAGUUAUAUUGGCUUUUGCUUUUUUUUUUAAAUUAAUACUUAUAUUAGAGGUUUACUAAAAAUUAAUUUACUUAAUUUAUGUUUUGUUAUAAAUAACUGGAUACCUAUUUACCUACAGAUUUGAGAAUUACUUUAUUGUAUGAUCUGUAAAAGCAAAAAAAACAAAACAAAAAAACUCAUGACAAAUUUGUAUUGUGCCGGUUAAAGCUAUUACUCCAAACUGUCCAUGCUAAUUGUUGAUUAAACAUUGAGAAAAAGAGUAAUUUGAUCCAAAUACUGUAAGCCUUUUUUUUCAUCUAUGUAUAUUAUAUUAAUUUUAUGAACAGGUUGCUGAAAUACUCAGCUAUGUUGAAAUCGUUAUGUACCUCAGGUUUUUCUCAUUUGUUUUUA